AUGGAACAUGUGGACGGGUUUGGAGAGUUUGAUCUGGGCAACAAUUUUGACUUGCUAGACUUGCCGUCUUUUGAUGAAUUCCUUAUCAACGAAAUCGAUGACAUUACAUUAUCGCAAGUAUGUGAGACGAUAGAAUUCGAAAAUGCUGCAUAUGAGGGACUGCUGGACUUCUCCCUAUCCCCUGGCAAUGGCAACAGCUCGAUGAUGGAAAUCGAAAGUAAGGACAUUGCUUCAAGCGAAAGUCGGUUUGCUCAACCGGUCAGUGAUGAUGACAUUAAGAACUUGAUAAAAGACCAAGAAAAUGUUAAUACGAAAAAUAACACCAAAUGGGCCAUGAAUCUGUUUGAGAAAUGGCGGGCCAGUAGAGGAGGGGAUAUUCCCGAGCUAAAUCACAUGACUUCAGAACAGAUGAGUUUCUGGUUAGGACGGUUCGUAAUGGAGGCCCGAAAGAAAGAUGGUACAGAAUAUCCACCCAGAUCAAUCUACCUGAUUUUGUGCGGACUCUUACGAUUUUUAAAGGACAACGGAGUAUACGACAAGAAUUUCCUCGACGAGUCUAACGGAGAAUUUGCUGAAUUCCGGAAAUUGGUUGACGCAAGGAUGAAAUCCCUUAUCGACAAAGGGCUGGGGUGUGACGUAAAACAGGCGGACCCUAUUCUACCCCAAGAUGAGGAAACGCUGUGGCUAAAGAGCGUGUUUGGAAGAGAAACCGCGGAGCAGUUGCAACAUACCGUAUUUUUUUAUGCAUGCAAACUCUUUGGAUUAAGAGGAUACGAUGAACAUCACAGUUUACAGUGCGAGCAGUUCAAAAUCGGAGAGGACAGUGCUGGACGAUACAUCCAGUUCACUGGGAGGGCCACAAAAACCUAUAAAGGCGGCUUAGGACAUUUGAAUGUGCAGUCAAAAAACCUAAAGCAUCAUUCUCCGCCUGGUGAUCGUUGUAUGGUUGACUACUUUGAGCUGUACUUAGAGUCUCUGGGGAAUACCGGUGCAUUUUACAGACGGCCAUUACCUCCCACCGACGAAGUUCUGAUACGAUUCGGUCAACAGUUGGUUGGAGUAAAUAAGCUGAAAUCAUUUAUGAAAACAAUCGCUGAAAAGGGUGAACUGAAAGGAAAUUUUAGUAACCAUAGUGGUAAACGUACCUGCGCCACGCAGUUGUAUAUAAGUGGAGUUUCAGAGCAAGAAAUCAUGCGACGCACAGGGCAUAGAUCCGAGAAAAGUGUAAGAAAGUAUAAGCGUAGUAGUGAACAGAUUGAUGUUGCAGUGUCAAAAAUUUUGGAUCCACCCCAGAACAAGUCCGUUUGUGUAAAAUCGGAAAAUGGUGUUGAACCCCCAAGAAAGAAGGUGAAAUGUGAAAGUGCUUCAGAGGAAAAUUGUUCUAGUGAAUUCCGUGUUCUGCAAGACCUUACCAAUUCAAACAAGGCAGUUUUUGCUAACUGUAGCUUUAAUUUUAGAAUUGGCAAUUAA